CUCAACCCUCCCACCACCUCCCCAAGCCACCGCUCCAAAUGAUCUACACCACCCAAAUCGUCCGCCUCGACGGCCUCACCCUCGUAGCCUCCGUCGACGACGCCCAAGCCUCCGACCUCGCCGAACUAAAAGGCAACAUCCGCCAAGUCAUCAAAAAACUGACCCCCAACUCGGAACCGCGAGCAUCUCUCGAAAGCGCAAAUUACACAAUCCACUACGUCCUCGCCGACACAAUCGCCUACCUCGCCAUAACCGAACGCUCCUACCCCAAAAAGCUCGCCCUGACCUACCUCGAAGACGUCCGCGCCGAAUUCCAAACCUCCUACGAUCGCUCCGCAUACCUCGAUCCCCAACUGCGACCCUACGCGUACGGAGAAUUCGAUCGUUUCAUCGAGCGCACCAAAAAAACCUACCAGGACUCCCGGGCGACGGACAAUUUGGGUCGCUUGAACGACGAAUUGAAAGAUGUGACGCAAGUCAUGACGAAGAAUAUCGAGGAUCUGUUGUAUCGGGGGGACUCGUUGGAGAAGAUGGGUGACAUGUCCUCCCGACUAAGAGAGGACUCGGCAAAGUACAAGCGCGCCGCGGUACGGAUCAACUGGGAAUUGCUGCUCAAACAAUACGGACCAUUCGCAGGGUUGGGACUGGUGAUUCUGCUGUUGUUGGUGUGGAGGUUUUGGUGA